UGCUUUCGGUGAAUUAUUAUAAAACCUGACUGAAACAUCCACUUACACGAAAAACACACGAAUACAUAUGGUUAUGAAAUACGAGCGUGGAAAGGACGGGAAUCUCGCGAUAUUUCCUAUGGAACGAAUGGCACACGAGUUAUUUAACAUGUUUGGUAACGAGCAUGUUGUGAAAGGCUCUUAGUCAGUAUCAUUCCUGUACAUCGUCCAGCCUUGCAGAGGAGCCUGCAGUUUGUUUAAGUGAUAAGUUUAUCCACGGCGUGGUCUACUUCCUGGUUUGGGUUGUAGGGUGUGGAUCUUUUUCUGUGUCCAAGAGGCCUAGGGUUUUUGACCGAGGUCUCUAUUCAACCCACAACAAGGGUUCGGUGAGAUUGCUUUGGAAUGUAGUGGUGAUUUAUUUCGAAGUGAAACAAUUGCAGCCUCAUUCUGAAACACUGGAUGCAGCCACAGCUUUGUUUGUUCCAACAAAAUGCCAGAGGGACCAGAGCUCCACCUGGCCAGCCUUUACGUGAACAAAAUGUGUGCGGGAGUGGUGUUCACUGGACCUGUCAGAAAGUCCGAUGUCAGCAAGAGUCCCGACGUGUCCUUCACCUGCGAGGCCUAUCGCAUCGCUGCCACUUCCAGAGGGAAGGAAGUGAAGCUCACACUGACACCCAUGAAAAGUGAUGAUGCAAAAGCAGGUCAAGCUGACCAGCCCAUGGAUGUUGUCUUUCGCUUUGGGAUGUCAGGUUAUUUCCGCUUCACCACAGAGGAUGACCUCCCCAAACAUGCCCAUCUGCGUUUUUACUCCAAAGAGACGCCCUGCAGAGUGCUGAGCUUUGUGGAUGCACGCAGGUUCGGCAGCUGGCAGCCCAAGGGGAAGUGGCAGCCUGACAGAGGGCCCUGCAUCAUGUUUGAGUAUGAAAGCUUCAGGGAGAAGGUUGUGUCUCACCUGUCUGACCGAGCCUUUGACAAGCCAAUCUGUGAAGUUCUGCUCAAUCAGAAGUAUUUCAACGGUAUCGGAAACUACCUGAGGGCUGAAAUCCUUUUCAGGUUGAACAUCCCACCCUUUGUGCCUGCCCGGACCGUACUGGAAGGCCUUGAGUCAGACGAUUUAUUUGGAAAUGAGAAGGCUGUGAAAAAUGAGACCAAGGACACAAAGACCUCAGGCAGAGCUAAACAGAUGCGGCUGAAAGCAGAGACGGGUGACCUGCUCAGACUGUGUCAUACAGUACCUCUAGAAGUGGUGAACCUAGGUGGAAAGGGCUACGAUCCCCAGAAGCAGGACUACUCUGACUUUGAGGCAUGGCUGCAGUGUUACUACGUGAAAGGAAUGAAAUCUAUCCGGGACCACAAUGGCAGAACCAUGUGGUUCAAAGGAGAUCCAGGCCCCAUGGCACCUAAAGAGUCACCCAAGGCGAAAAAGAGAGCAAAGAAAGAAGAUGACCAUGAAGACGAUCAUGAUUACACAGACAAGAAAAAGGUGUCGAGAGGUCGCUCCGACAGCACAUCAAAGAAGAAGAAUGUGGUCAAACGGGAAACUAUGACUAAAACACCAAAGAAAGAAAACGCACGUCCAAAGGAAGUUGGAACCAAGAUGAAAAAGACCCGAGAAGUUAACACACCUCAACAUGGAAAGAGAUCAACUGCACGUAAGAGGAAGAACAGCAGUGUGGAGUCAGCUGAAGGUCCACAGAGGCGGAGUGGCAGAGUGACCAGACAGAACAGCAAAUAAAAAGAAACGAGAGGCAUCACUCCCCUGGACUGUUCUUACAAUGUUUUUAUAUUUUUUUAAUACUUUUUUUAAUAAAACAUGUUUCUACAAAGGUU